AUAUAUAUGCGAUCGGAACCGUUUGGUAACGAGCGCAACCGCUCCGUCAAACUCGCCGCCAUUUUGUUUAUUUUCGAGUGACAGAGAUCCGCGAGCGACGAUCACGACGUAGAGGGAUCGGCUCGCGAGUACAUUCAUUCGUCCCGAAGCGAACAAGUCUCCGGCUCUCGUCUCUUGGGGCUGGGGAGCGAGAAAAGGAAAAGAGAGGAAGAAAGAGAACCCGCUGUGGCCCCCCGAAGCGGAAAUAAGAGGCUCGUGCUCGUAAGUCGCAGGCGAGCGAGUCGAUCGAGAGAAUCGCGAUCGAGAUUCGAAGCGACCGAGAAAAGAGAGAGAGAGAUAGAAGAAGGAGAGUCGUUGUCGAUCGCGAUCUUCUUCCUCCAUCCGUCACACGUCAUCCUCGUCGGCUGAGAGGCGCCGGUAAAAACGGCGUAGGAUCGUUUUUCACGGAUCGGCCGCGCGCGGGAGUGGGGAGAGGCGCCGAAACGUGAAGCGAGACGAACGACCAUCGUCAGGAGCAGCAGCAGCAGCACCGCCGCUACGAUCAGCGUUGGCAGCAGCAGCACCACCACCACCAUCAUCCACACCAUUACUACUUGAAUCGCCACUGCUAUUCGGUACUACCAUCAUCGUCAUCCUCCUCAUCGUCAUCGUCAUCAACGUCGUUAGCAUUAUCGGAGACCUCGUAAUCGCGAAGGUAGCCGUGGCGACAUUCCUCGGAAGGACGUAGCGGGAGAAAGGAGAGACGUGGUAUCGUAGAUCGGGAAGCAGAGUCUCUCGCUCGAGUCGAGUCGCGGACCUAGCGAUUUAAUAACACACAGGGUGGAAUAUAUGCUGUGGGCGUCCCCCGUGCGAGUGGGGGCACUUGAUGGCCGCAGAAAUUGGGCGAACUGCGAGCAAACAUCUAUCGUCGGAGUGCGGUAAAGCGACGUCGCUGGCGAGUCCCGGUAGCGACGUGAGCUUGGACAGCGGCCGGGUGGAAACGGAGCAGCAGCAAUCGCCACCUCCAUCGCCGCCACCGCCGACUCAACAACAUUUACCACAACAUCGCACGUCGGCGACCUCGAAACGUCAGAUCAAGAAGGCGCUCGCGAAUCCACCCUGCAAGAAUAAUCGUUCGUCGGAGGACGACGAGCAGCAGCAGCAGGAGGCACCGAUCAACGCGGACGACGUAACCUCGACGGCGGAGGCCGUCACCGAGGUACCCGGCGCCAUCAAGACGACCAUCAACAUCGGCUUCGCGAUGAACCACGUAAACGAUCAGGAGAAUCUCAAGCAGCUCAGCCUCGCACCAGUUCAGGUUAACGAGGUCGAGGAGAUGGACACGCAGGAGGAAACUCCAAACGAUGGUGGGGGGGAUGGAACAGACAAUCGUCCUAUAAAUGGUGAACCAGAAUUAGCGUGUAUAGUUCAAGAUCAAGAGAUGGAAGAAGAUGAGGCACGGUCGGAAGCGACCUUCCGAUAUACUGUAGAGAAUAUAUCCAAAAUGAAAGAUUCACAGUUGUCACCUGCGUGUUAUGUCCGCAAUUUACCAUGGAAAAUAAUGGUGAUGCCACGGUCAAGUCAGACGCAGGAAAGGCAACCGCAGAGAUCACUUGGAUUUUUCCUUCAGUGUAAUGGGGAAAGCGAAUCGACAUCAUGGAGUUGUUACGCUGUUGCUGAGUUACGUCUUCUUUCUUGCAAAGAAGGACAAGAGCCAUUUAGCAGAAAAAUUCAACAUCUCUUCUACAGUAAAGAGAAUGAUUGGGGCUUUAGCCAUUUCAUGACGUGGCAAGACGUUUUAGAUCCUGAUAGAGGUUUUAUCAAAGAUGAUUCAAUCACGCUUGAGGUUCAUGUAGUGGCUGAUGCACCCCAUGGAGUUAGUUGGGAUAGCAAAAAACACACAGGCUAUGUAGGAUUGAAGAACCAAGGUGCUACAUGUUACAUGAACUCUUUACUGCAGACUCUAUAUUUCACAAACCAGUUACGAAAAGCGGUGUAUAAAAUGCCAACAGAAAGUGAUGAUUCGAGUAAGAGUGUUGCGCUGGCCUUGCAGAGGGUUUUUCAUGAGUUACAGUUUUCUGACAAACCUGUCGGUACAAAGAAAUUAACUAAAAGUUUUGGAUGGGAAACACUGGAUUCUUUUAUGCAGCAUGAUGUCCAGGAAUUUCUACGUGUGCUAUUAGAUAAGCUGGAGAGCAAAAUGAAAGGAACGUGCGUGGAAGGUACAGUGCCAAAAUUGUUUGAGGGAAAAAUGGUCUCUUUUAUCAAGUGUAAAAACAUAGACUACAAAUCCACGAGAGUUGAAACAUUUUACGACAUACAAUUAAAUAUAAAGGGCAAAAAGAACAUUUACGAGUCUUUUAGCGAUUAUGUGAGUACAGAAAGUCUCGACGGCGAUAAUAAAUACGACGCAGGAGAACACGGAUUACAAGAAGCGGAAAAGGGUGUAAUUUUUUCCUCAUUUCCACCGGUUUUACAUUUACAUUUAAUGCGUUUCCAGUAUGAUCCAGUUACAGAUUGUUCUGUCAAAUUUAACGACAGGUUUGAGUUUUAUGAAAAGAUUAGUCUUGGUAAAUACCUGCAAAACAAAGAAGCAACAAGUGCAGAUUAUACAUUACAUGCAGUUUUGGUCCAUAGUGGUGAUAAUCAUGGUGGACAUUAUGUUGUAUUUAUUAAUCCUGCUGGUGAUGGCAAGUGGUGCAAAUUCGACGAUGAUGUUGUCUCUCGAUGUACAAAGCAGGAAGCUAUCGAACACAACUACGGUGGUCAAGACGAGGAUAUGUCUAUGGCUGUGAAACAUUGCACUAACGCUUAUAUGCUGGUUUACAUAAGAAAUUCAGAGCUGGAAAACGUUUUACAAGAAGUCAAGGAAGAGGAUAUACCUCAAGAGCUGGUGGAGAGGCUGCAAGAGGAGAAGAGGCUGGAACAGAUAAGAAGAAAGGAAAGAACGGAGGCAUACUUGUACAUGACCGUUCAUGUCCUUCUCGAGGAUAGCUUUGACGGUCACCAAGGGAAUGAUCUCUACGACCCAGAGCACGUUAUAAAUCGUGCAUUUCGCGUACGUAAGCAGGCCACUGUGCAAGAGUUUCUCGAGCUACUGCGUGAUAGUCUGAAUUAUCCGAUAAGUCAGAUUCGAAUCUGGCCGUUCAGUCAACGCUCGAAUCAAACCUGCAGACCUACAUUAAUCGAGCCGGAUGCUGAUCUUCAGAAACCCAUCAUCGAUUGCGCAGAAAAUCAUAAUCCAUGGAAUGUAUUCGUCGAACUUGUUCCUCCAGAUUCUGACAUGAAGGCGUUACCACCAUUCGACAAGGACACCGACGUUUUACUCUUUUUUAAGCUUUAUGAUCCAAAAAAUAAGAAAAUUCAUUACUGCGGUCAUCAUUAUAUGCCUGUUGUAGCCAAAGUCCAGGAACUCAUACCAAUUUUAAACCAACGCGCGGGAUUUCCACCAGACACAGAACUUGCUUUAUAUGAAGAAAUUAAACCAAAUCUAGUUGAGAAAAUAGACAAUCUAACAGAGCCUCUGGAAAAAGUUUUAGAGGAAUUAAUGGACGGUGACAUUAUUGUAUUUCAAAAGGAAGGCGAUAAUGAGAUGUAUGAACUUCCAACAUGUCGAGAAUAUUUUAAAGAUCUAUUCUAUAGGGUAGACGUAACGUUUUGUGAUAAGACGAUUCCUAACGAUCCAGGUUUUACGAUGGAACUUUCAUUAAGAAUGACGUACGAUCAAAUGGCAAAGGCUGUAGCACAACGAGUCGGCACAGAUCCAUAUCUUUUACAAUUCUUUAAAUGUCAAAAUUAUAAAGACUCUCCUGGCCAUCCUCUAAAGUGUACAUUCGAAGGCACGCUCAAAGAACUGGUUUCGUACUGCAAGUCGAAAGUAAAGAAAUUAUUUUAUCAACAGCUCAGUAUUAGAGUAAACGAGCUAGAAAACAAGAAACAGUUUAAGUGUAUAUGGGUCGGCCCGUCACUUAAGGAGGAGAAGGAGAUUAUACUUUACCCGAAUAAAAAUGGUACUGUCGCCACUCUGCUCGAGGAGGCUAAGAAGCAAGUAGAAUUAUCGGAAAACGGAUCGGGAAAACUAAGGAUAUUAGAAAUAAAUUGCAACAAGCUUUUACCCGGCCCCGGGGACGAUGUACCUUUAGAUAACUUAAACUCGUCAGGCACCAAACUGUAUAGGAUAGAAGAAAUUCCGAAUGACGAAUUGAAUCUAGCGGAGGGCGAGUUGUUGGUUCCCGUUGCGCAUUUUCACAAAGACGUUUUCUCAACGUUCGGUAUACCCUUUUUCUUCAAAAUCAAGAAUGGUGAACCUUUUCCAAAAAUGAAGGAUAGAUUGCUAAAGAAAUUAGGAGUCCAGGAGAAAGAAUUCGAAAAGUUUAAGUUCGCGGUGGUGACGAUGGGCAAGCCACAGUUCAUUAUCGAUUCGCCGGACUAUUGUAUCAAAAUCGACGAUUUCCUUCCUAAAUAUAGCAAUCAGAUCUAUCCACUUUUAAACGCAGGCACAUCGCCACACAGGCCUUGGCUUGGCCUGGAACACGUCAACAAAGCGCCGAAGCGCUCUCGUAUCAACUACCUCGAAAAGGCCAUUAAGAUUUACAAUUAAAUUUCCACCACACGAAGAAGAAAUUAAAUUAGGCAGCCACUCAUAAUAAUUUAUAUACGACUCUGUAUAGUAAGAGAGCGACGUCUGAUACUAAAGGUUGGAAAAUGCGUUUAUGUAUUCAUUUCUUCAGCCAGAUUAAAAUAUGCGAUUUUAAUAUUGCGAGAAUACGACAUGAGAAGGUAAAUCCAGCUUUGUAUACGAUGGAUUAUAAGAGACUGUCGUGAAAUGUGCAGUGCUAUUUUAUGCAUCAUGGAAGAAUGAUAAAAUAGUUCCUCGAUUCGAAUUUGUAAAAGUUUUAUUGGCCCGAUGCUUAUACUUUGGCGUCACUCAGUACGGAUUUUUGCCUAGACUUCGAGAACGUUUGAUUAUAAAAUGCACAUACAUUGUACCUAAUAUUAUUGUGUCUCUGAUAAUUCUCUCUAAUAAACUAUUUCUUUCUUUUUUUUAAUUUUAUUAGGAAAACGUGACUUUUUGUGUGAGAAAUAUUCCGGCUUUUAUCCUAUCACGUAAAAUCUAUAUAUAAUUGUUACAUCCUAAGAGAUGCCGUAUUAUGUUCUGCAUGAUGUAACAUCUAACACUCAUAACGUAUCGUUGGCAUCGAGAAAGGUUGCCUAUACACUUUUUAUGCCGUGUAUGUACAAUAUUCAGGAUAUUUGAAAUAUGGGAUUUGCCAUUAAUAUUAUGCUGGGAAAAGAUCAGUGUCAUAUUUUUAAUUUACUUAAAGAUUUCGUGACGCAAGAUUAUUGUCUCACAUAAAAAUUCUAUUUAAGACGAAUCUAUUGUGACUCAAAAUAUAAUUCAAGCUUUUUUUAUAUUUUUGAACAAAAUCUAAAGAAUUGCAAUUUUAUGUUAAUUUAUGUUGCAUUAUAAAAAGAAUAUAAGAGCAUAAAAGGUGCGCAAGCAAAAUUUCUAAGUUGCCUGCUCUGAAAUAAUUUUCUUCCGUUCGAGUGUAUUUUUUGUAUGUUUCAUCUUAUAUUUUUUACGAAAUUGUAUAAUGCUAAUACGUAAAAUGUAAAAGGGUACACACAGAUAUAUAAGGCAAGAAAUUAAAACGAGCGAUGCUUAACUUAGAUGAAGAAAUUCUUGGCUAUAGUUUAAACAAAUACGUGAAUAAAGCAUAUUCUGAUUUUUUUUAAGAGUAUGAACGAAACGAUUGUUCCGUUUUUAAAACACAAUGUGUUAGAAAUAACGAUUUAAUCAUAAAAAAAUCGUCGUAGCAUUCUUUUAAUUUGAUCAUGAAUUAGCAAUAUCUAUUUUUCCUUUUUAUAUUUAAUUUUGAAAACACGACAAAAGUAGAUUUCGCGCGAUGAGUUACUUUUAGCAAGGUAACUCGUGUGUUGCACAAGUUUUCUGCUAUUUACGGAUCCUUAUUUAUCAUUUUUUACACCUUACUGUGAUCAAUUCAAUUUAGUUAACAUGUAUUUAAACACGACACCGCCGCCUCUCGAAUACUUCAAUUAGCAUAAUUGUAAAUGUCAAAGAAGGAGGAUACCGAGCUUUCUACGUAUGCAUUAUUUAAUAAAUUUCUUUUUAUGUUGAGAAGCUGUUUAUUACGCUCAUAAGUUUUUAAUGAGUUAGAUCUAUAAGCUUAGAGAUGUAGUUUUAAGCUACAUUAUUUUGAAUGUUUAAACUUAUGAAGAAUUGCAGAUCACUUGAAAGUCAUAACAUAAAAUCGUAAUGUGUUCAAAGUGCAAAAGCGAAAUUUGCACUUUGCAAAUGACAAACAUAAAAUGAUACGCCAACACACACACCAACAUAUAUAUAUAUACACACACACACACACACACACAUGCACAUACGUACAUGAAUUGCUAUAGUGCUUCAUAUAUUUACGCGACAAUUCAUCGGAAACUUUGUAUGUUUGUCGUGUGUGUUUUACCUGAUCGAUUAAUUAAUUAAUUAAUAAUAAUAAAGAAAUCUAUGACCCGCAAUAGUUUUUGAAGACUGGACGCAUAAGUUAAACGACAGCAUAUUUUGUAAAAAAAAAAACUAAAUGUGGCUGUACAAACUGUGCUAUUUGGU